CCUCCAAAAAAAAAAAGGUUGACUAGGCCAACAUCCCUGGAAAAGCGAAGACGAUCAUGCCUCGUCCUAGGCAUAAUACGACCUCUUUGCCUCGAAAUCUCCGCGAGGAGCUGGGUAUCCGCGAUACGUACGGUGACCGGCAAAAGCGCAACGGACCCGGCGCCAGAAAAGAUCGGCGGAAAGAAGAACGGUUAUCGAAGAGACAGCGCGGGGGACCUAAAAGAGGUUCUCGGCGGCCAUACGAGGAGGAGGAGGAUAAUGAUGAUGAUGACGCAUUUGAUGGGUUUGACGAUGAGGACGAUGACGACAACGAAGACGAUGUUGCGGCUACCAUGGCCAAAUUGAAGCAGAAGAAGGAGGCUGCGAAGGCUGCUCCCGAAAAGGCGAAGAAAAAAGCGCAGACGGCGGACAAGGAUACUGAUAUGGCGGUUACCCCGCGGCCAAUCUCUAAAACGGUCAAGGCGAAGCUGGACGAGGACGAUGCUGAAAUCGCUGCGUUGGAAAAGAAACUGGGUCUUAAGAAGGGCAAGAAACUUCCCAAGUCUUUUGAGGAAGAUGGGCUGGGCGACCUUUUGGGGGAUCUGGAUGAAGGGUCCGAUGAUGAGAACCGCAAACGCAAGCGGGAGGCCGACGACUGGCUACGCAACAAGCGGAGAAAGGCGCAGGGAUUGCUCGCAGAAGACGAGGGUGAUUCGGAGGAAGACAGUGAGAUGGGCAGUGAGGUCGGGCUGGAUGGCUUCGACGAGGAUGAAGAGGAUGACGAAUCUCUCGGCGACUUCGACGAGGACGAGGAACUGGAAGAUGAUGAGGAUGAGGAUAUGGACGGCAUGGACCUUGACGAGGAAGAAGAGGAAGAGGAACCUGCUCCCAAGAGAAAGGAAAAUCCAUAUGUGGCUCCGGUUCAAGAGCCCAGUGGAACUCAACCACAAAAAUACAUUCCUCCCUCUCUUCGUGCUAAAAUGUCUUCAGAGUCCGAGAGUCUUGUACGUCUUCGGAGACAAGCUCAAGGACACCUGAAUAAGCUGUCUGAAGCCAACAUGAUUUCUAUUUUGGCUGAGUUCGAGAAGCUGUAUCGUGAUUAUCCCCGUGGAGAGGUCACCUCCACCCUCAUCACGCUCUUGUUUGGACUGAUCUGCGAACGAUCUGCUCUGUCAGAUACCUUCAUCAUCCUGCAUGCGGGUUUCAUUGCGGCGGUCUACAAAGUGAUGGGCAUGGACUUCGGCGCCGAGAUUGUGCAGAAGAUUGUGGAAACAUUCGAUGCUCGCGGAGAUGAACGAGGCACGUUCGCGGGCAAGGAGACAAUCAACCUGAUUGCCCUUCUUUCUCAGCUGUAUAACUUCCAUGUCAUUUCCAGCACCUUGAUGUUCGAUUACAUCCGGCUGUUCCUGCAGGACAUCACAGAGGAAAACACCGAGCUUCUCCUGAAGAUUAUUAGAAACUCCGGUCCUCAACUCCGCCAAGACGACCCAUCCUCUCUCAAAGACAUUGUGCUGCUCAUCCAGCCGGCUGUAGCCAAGGCCGGUGAAGCUUCUCUCUCUGUACGUACCAAGUUCAUGAUCGAAACCAUCACCGACCUCAAGAACAACCGCUUGAAAGCCGGCGCCGGUCCCAACCUAUCCUCCGAACACAUCACCAAGAUGCGCAAGAUUCUGGGCUCGCUCAACAACACGCGAGUGAUCCGCGCCUCCGAACCCAUCAGUAUCUCCAGAGAGGACAUCCACAACUCGACCAAGAAGGGUAAGUGGUGGCUCGUCGGCGCAAGCUGGCGCGAGGAUCCGCUCGAGUCCGCCCGUCAGGAGCUCUCCAAUAUCUCCCAGCAGCAACAAGCUCAAACAGAGUUCAACGACGAAAGUGACGGUGAGCCCGACUGGGUCAACAUCGCCAAAGCGCACCGGAUGAACACGGACGUCCGCCGCUCUAUCUUCGUGGCCAUCAUGUCCGCCACGGAUUAUCAGGACGCUCACGUACGCCUGCUUAAACUCCGACUCAAGCGCGCCCAGGAGUUCGAAAUACCCCGCGUGCUGACUCACUGCGCCAUGGAGGAGGCUGCGCACAAUCCUUACUACACGCUGAUUGCCCGCCGGCUGUGCGGUGAGAUGGGUCGCCGCAUUAAGGUCUCAUUCAUGUACACCCUGUGGAAUAUCUUUAAGCGCAUGGGUGAGCAUGGCGACAUGCAGGACGACGAUGAUUCUGACGGCGGGUUCGGUGACGAAGAGGACGAGAACAAUAAGAUUGAGAUGAAGUCCAUUGUCAACCUGGCGAAGAUGUACGCCUCGCUGGUGGUGGACGGAACGUUGAAUCUGGGCAUUCUCAAGAUUUUGAACUUCGCGUAUCUACAGCCAAAAAGCAAGAUGUUUGUGGAGUUGUUGUUGAUUAGCAUAAUCCAGCAGUCCCAGCAGCAGAACAAGAAGAAAAAGCGCGGAAGCAAGAAGAGCAAGAAUGGCGGCGACGAGGAUGAUAACGAGGGUUCUGGCCGGGAUGAGAAGGCGCUCAUGGAGAUCUUCUUGCGUGUCAAAGAAACGCCGCAGAUUGCGAAGGGCCUGAUCUUCUUCCUGCGGAAGGUGGUUGCCAAGACGGAUGUUGUGCCGUCUGGCAAAGAUAUGAAGCAGGUGAAAUGGGGGUGCACAGUUGCAGUGGACGCACUGAAAAUCGUGGUGAAGGAUGCUGGUGGUGAUUAAAAUCAGCUACUAAGAUACGUUUCUUCUGCUGGCUGGCUUAGGUGCAUUUGGCGUUAGCAAUCAGGUUAGCAUAAGAAGGGAUAGGGCCAAGA